UUCACAGACACUUCUCCAAUAACCAAUCAAUCUUCCAGGAUAUAACCCCAUCAACACAUACUAUUGCAACACAAAUAACACUCGAAACCAGCCAACCAUGAUCUCUGCGCCCCCCAUUCCCAGGAAACUCUGGGAACACGCCAACCCCCAAUCAACCCAGAUGUGGGCCUUCAAACAAAAACUGGAAGAAGAAAAGGACCUUCAAUUCCCCACAUUCCACGACCUCUACCAAUGGACCAUCAACAACCGCGCCGCCUUCUGGGAUUUCUGCUGGAACUACUUCUCCAUCAUCCAUGAGGGCAGCUACACCACCGUCAUUGACGAAUCAGCCCGGAUAGACAGCAUCCCGAGCUGGUUCGAGGGCAUUCGGCUCAACUUCGCAGAGAACAUGCUCUUCACCAGCGAACGAACCCCAACCGGAGACCAGAUAAUCACGACAAAGAACAAAGAAGACGCCAAAAUCGCCCUGACGCAGAUCCGGGAGGGCGGGUCCGAGCCCGCGGUCUGCAUCACCUGGGCCGAACUGAGGCGGAAAACAGGGCGGUUAACCCAAGCCUUGAAAGCUGCUGGCGUGGUAAAGGGUGAUCGUGUUGCCGUGGUCGCGAGUAAUAGUAUCGAUACGCUGGUUGUGCUACUAGCAACGACUGCGCUGGGGGCGUUGUUCUCGUCUGCGUCGACUGAUACCGGGGUUAAGGGGAUUCUGGAUCGGUUGCUGCAGCUGCGGCCGAGAUGGGUGUUUGUUGAUGAUGGGGCGAUUUAUAAUGGGAAGCGGAUCAAUCUGCGGCCCAAAAUUGGGGAUAUUGUUGAGGGGCUGCGCGGUAUUGAAGAGUUUCAGGGGGUCGUUGCUAUGCCGCGGUUUGCGAGUCCGCCUGAUGUGAGUGGUUUGCCUAGGACGCAGACGCUGGGGGCGUUCCUGGGUAAAGCGCAGUCGGAGAAGCUGGAGUUCGUGAGGGUUGGGUUCCGUGAUCCGUUUCUUGUUGUGUAUUCUUCUGGGACGACGGGGACGCCUAAGCCGAUUGUUCAUGGGGUUGGAGGGUAUAUUCUCAAUUCUAAUAAGGAGGCUCGACUGCAUAGGUGUCAUGGCCCGAACUCGGUUGUUCUCCAGUAUACGACCACAGGAUGGAUCAUGUAUAUGUCCGCCAUCUCGGGAUUGAUGUUCGGCGGGAAGCCCAUCUUAUACGAUGGGAGUCCCUUCCUUCCUGACGUGAAAUUCCUCGUUCGAAUGCUCGGGGAGCACAAGGUCACUCAUUUCGGUACUUCGCCACGGUAUCUGCACGAGUUGCGGAAGAACAAUGUCCGACCCCGGGACAUUGCAGACCUCUCCAAUCUUGUCAUAGUCACUAGCACUGGUAUGGUCCUAUCGGAGUUCUUAUUCGAAUGGUUCUACGAUGAGGGCUUCCCGGCUCACACUCAGCUGGCAAAUAUCUCCGGAGGGACCGAUCUAGCUGCGUGCUUUGGUCUCGAGAAUCCUCUGGCACCGCUGUAUGUGGGUGGUUGUCAAGGACCGAGUCUCGGUAUCCCCAUUGCGGCAUUCGACCAAGCGGACGAAGGCGCUUCUGGGGUCAAGGGAAGAGCUGUCCCGGACGGAGAGCCAGGGGAAAUCGUUGCCACCGCUGCAUUCCCAACCAUGCCAGUGAAAUUCCUAGGAGCAGAUGGUCCUCAAAAAUAUUUCGACUCCUACUUUGCUCGGUUCGACAAUGUCUGGACACACGGAGACUUCAUCAGCAUCCAUCCCAUCACAAAGCAAAUCUUCUUCCUUGGACGCUCAGACGGAGUGCUAAACCCAUCCGGAAUCCGAUUCGGAUCGAGCGAAAUCUACAACGUGAUUGACACGCGGUUUGCAGAAGAGAUCGCGGACUCGAUCUGCGUUGGACAGCGACGGCCCCAAGACAAUGAUGAAUCAGUGAUGUUAUUCCUGCUUAUGCGGCCCGGACACGACUUCACACCGCAGUUGGUGGCACGGGUUAAAGACGCAAUUCGAAAAGCACUCAGUGCGAGACAUGUUCCGAAGUAUGUCUUUCAGACGCCUGAGAUUCCGACGACCGUUAAUCUGAAGAAAGUCGAGUUGCCUGUAAAGCAGAUUGUUUCGGGAAAGAAGAUCAAGCCUUCCGGAACGCUUUUGAAUCCUCGAAGCUUGGAUUUUUAUUAUCAGUUUGCGGAAGUCGAGAGGUUGAUAGACCCGAAGAGCAAACUAUGAGCUAUGAAGAUAAUUUUGUAGGGAGCAAUUGUUACGAUCAUUAAUGAGACUAAGAAGAAAC